CGUGCAAGGAUAAUGAAUCAGCAGUUUUUUCGUUCGGGGCUAGGCCUCUUCUUGUUGUUGUCGGUUUUCUCCAGUGGCUUUGCCAUAGGUAAGUUGAACAAGCUUUCUAUAGCUUGAUUGAUCGAUUUUGAUUUAUAAUGCACUCGAGGCAAAAUAUCAAUGCUGAGGAUUACGAGACGUCAGUAGCAUUUUAAAUGCCUAGAUACCAUGGCAGUCAAAUGAAAUUUUGACCAAUUUUCGCGAAGUAUCUCGAUUAAUUCCUCUUAGAACAUAAAAUAUUUGUUUAGAAAUCUCAAGCGAUUGUAAAUAUUGCCUUGGGUUGAAAGUAGAAGCGACUGUCGACCCUUUUUUAGCUUGGGCAUAGAGUAAUCUCAAUUUCUUCGACAAGUAGAAAAUAUUGAAGCUCCGGACACACAGAAAUUAUCAACGAAACCUCACCAGAGUAUUUAGUGUUUAUUCAGAAAUGCCAAGCGAUUCUAAAUAAAGGAUUCGUAUUGUUGUGGACAAAUUCUCCGAGCUUGCAUACAUUUUUAAUCAUGCAUUAAGCAUAUUCUGGGUUAUUCUGUAGAAUCUUGACUCGCGGGUACGGUUUUCAAAAUGCUAGAUGCCCGGUCCACCUUUUUAACUUCCUUUUCAGGGUGUUAGUUUUGUAGUUUUAUUUUUAUGAUACCUUGAACAUAGUAUGUAUGAUAUCAGAUAAUAGAUUUAGAUCUUGUAAUUCCCUUUCUUCUUUUAAAUCUAAGCUGAAGAAUUGGCUUUUUAAAAUUUGUUAUGAUGUUGUCGUAUAGAAUGGUGAUGUUUUCAUAGGAUGACAAUGUAGUUUUAUAGUUUUGUAGGUUUAGGAUUUUGUUGUUAUUUUUAUUAUGUAAAGCGCUUUUGGAUCAUUGGGGAUUUUUUUAUAGGAUGACAAUGUAGUUUUGUAGUUUUGUAGGUUUAGGAUUUUUUGGACCAUUGGGAAUUAGCGCUCUAUAAAUAUUGUAUAUUAUUAUUAUUAUUAUUAGCCAAAACUAAAAGUGAAGCUCCCAUUUAAUUUUAUAAUUUACUUCAAACAAUAAACUGCAUAUUUAACAAUUAAUGAAUGAGGCUGAGUAUCUUAUGAGGAGUUAUGGAGAUCGAGGAGGGUGUUAUUCCGAGGCGGAUAACACCCUCCGAGAUCUCCAUAAUUCUUCAUAUGAUACAAAAGCCAAAUUCAAUAAUUGUUUUAUUAUUCAUUCAAAAUAAUUCCUAGUUUAAAAAAAUGGCUAAAACAUUCUUACCUCCAUCGAUCAGAUUGAUGUUAAGUUCAUCUUCGAUAGUGCCCGUUUAGGGUUGUUCAGCUCCGCAAAUAUGGUGGUUUCUUGGUGUUGCGGAUCACCAAAUGAUGUCACCUUUAGACCGUUUUGUGUUUCUCACUAUCAUAAGGUUCAAGUUUAUAUUCAACCUUUACAAAUCCUCUUUUCGGCAAACGAAUGCAAAAUUUCUGUCGGUUUGUCAGUACCGACAAAUUCACUGACAACUUUUGACUUAAUUAAGCAAGGGUUCAACUGACAUGAACUGACAAACCGACAACUGACAAAUUUUGUCGGUUUGUCAGUACCGACAAAUUCACUGACAACUUUUGACUUAAUUAAGCAAGAGUUCAACUGACAUGAACUGACAAACCGACAACUGACAAAUUUUGUCGGUUUGUCAGUACCGACAAAUUCACUGACAAAUUUUGACUUAAUUAAGCGAGAGUUCAACUGACAUGAACCGACAAACCGACAACUGACAAAUUUUGUCGGUUUGUCAGUACCGACAAAUUCACUGACAACUUUUGACUUAAUUAAGCAAGAGUUCAACUGACAUGAACCGACAACUGACAAAUUUUGUCGGUUUGUCAGUACCGACAAAUUCACUGACAAAUUUUGACUUAAUUAAGCGAGAGUUCAACUGACAUGAACCGACAAACCGACAACUGACAAAUUUUGUCGGUUUGUCAGUACCGACAAAUUCACUGACAAUUUUUGACUUAAUUAAGCAAGAGUUCAACUGACAUGAACCGACAAACCGACAACUGACAAAUUUUGUCGGUUUGUCAGUACCGACAAAUUCACUGACAAAUUUUGACUUAAUUCAGCGAGAGUUCAACUGACAUGAACCGACAAACCGACAACUGACAAAUUUUGUCGGUUUGUCAGUACCGACAAAUUCACUGACAAAUUUUGACUUAAUUCAGCGAGAGUUCAACUGACAUGAACCGACAUGAACGGUCAAAGGGCCAGUAAAGUAAAAACGGAAGUACACGCAUGAUGUUGCCGGCACGAUACGUGUUUAAUAAUCUGAUCUUUACACAGUAUCAUUAUAUGUCCAUGCCUUUCACAUAAUUUUUGGGACCAAACGCAAUGUGAAACCACCAUGAUAAGGUCUAGGAGCACAAUCGACAAAACUCAGCAAUAUAUAAUACAUUUGAAGUGUAAAUCUCCGAUCACCUUUACAGCCUUAUAGUCUAAUCGUAGAUCUAAUAAUCUCAUGUUGUAUUUCUUUUUGAAUAAAUGCGCAUACCUAAAUUUCAACUGAAACCAUUCAAUUACAGCGUAGAAUGGCAAGUAUAUGACAUUCCUGUUGUCAAAUCAAGUAUCACUAUAGAGCCUCUGUAUGGGCACUUGCCGACGUCCAUUUUGUUUCUCGUUGUUUUUCCAUCCAUCGGUUUUGCAGGCGAAAUAGUGGCCUUUAAUGGAAUUAAUUAUUUUGCACUGUAAAGCUAUAGCUAAUUGCGAGCUCAGAGCAUCACAACGACGACGAAAAGGGGAAAAUAACCAAAACAAAAUUUUUGUAAGUGCAUCACGCCGGACUAACGUUUUCAAACUUUAUUGAAAAGGGAGCGAUCGUCGCUUUAAUCUCUAACAUGGUUGCCUUACCAAUCUUUGAGGUAUCGUCACCACUUCGGUUUCUUUGUCGGAAAUACCCAUUCAGAGGCGUCUUUAAUAACAUAACGGUAAAGUAAAUAAACGCAACUUGGUUGAAAUAUCAUAAACUUCCUACCUGAUUAAACUUUAAAACUAGACCCUUAUAAAUAUUUACCGUCUAAUACAGUAAACAAAAAUCACUGGUUGCUCUUUAAUUUCCAAAUAGCACUGUGUUUUAAUUAUUCAUCUUAAGAGCAUGGAAAGUACAAAUGUAAAAAUGAGCAUGCUUAUAGGGAGAAUUUGUUGUUCAGCAUUUGCAAAACUUCAGAUACGGCAGGAAAAGGGUUCAUACAUUGUACCAAUCUGAUUUGUUUGUAUACGCCGACAGAGUAAGACCUCGUAUACGCCUUGCGAUAUACUACAAAUGUGAUAUCUUUGUAAACGGCUUGAAUAAUAGUGGUAGAGUAAGAUUGCGAAACUUCUAAAUAUAAUCACCCAUUGUUUUGUCUUCUUUUACUCUACCUCCAGAAUCUGAACGUCGGGGACUUUCAACAAGGACAACAAGUUCCUUUUUUGAAAAGGCCCCUAGAUACUCAGCUUUCGGUGUAUUCUAUAACAUGAUCCGCUCUAAGUGGAACAACAGAGGAUCAGACUGUCUGUUCUAUACCGGUGUCACCAGCUUAAUUCCUUUACAGCUAGAGAAGUGUUUUUCUUGCGUGAAGCACUAAUAAUGUGAGUUUAAAGAUAAUACUUAAAAGGAAGCAUUACUGACUUAAAUUGUUAGUGGUUCACUCAAGAAGUGAUCUGAAGAGCGCAGCCUCCUUGCGGUGAUGGGUAUAUUUUGCGCUCACUUCCUUCUCACUCUUUUCAGACACAAUUAGCCCUUUUAAAUUCGUAGUUUUUCUAGUGACGUCUACCAAGGCAUUAUACAUUUCAUGCAAGUCACUGGUGGUAAAGGUAUCCUUCGUCUGCUCAAAAUGCUUCAAUGUAUGAACGAACAAACAGUGUUCCAAUUUCGUCCACCCACUGACCUUUAGUCCCUCUCCUCUCUCUUUCAAAAAACAUAGCGAUGACUGCUUGCUGCUCUGAGAUGCAUGUUUUGCUCUUUUCCUUGGUCGCUUGAUGUCCUCCGAUUUCCAUUCGAGUCUUUUUCCGUAUAUAUUGCCACAGUUUUUACAUUGGCAGGAGGCAGAACAGCUCUCCUUUCUGUUAAAGCAUUCGCAGCGACAAGAAAACUUGCCAGGGGGAAUCUGACAACGCAUUUUUGACAAAUUUUUUCUAUCCCUGCCUUGGCCACAGCGGCAACCGAAGUUUUGGACUUCAUUGGAAAGAGGGGAUACUUUUUCACUCGCCUCUUUUUCUUCAGGUGUCAGUGGUGUACUGAUGGGAUGCAAUUUGGCGAUGUCAUAGUGUCCUGGACCUUGUUGGGUGUAUGCCAGAAAUAUGGGCUUAGCGUCAGGAACCUGCUCGCGGGCUGAUGGCCACAAGGGGAAAAUUGCGGAUAGACGUAAACAUAACGAUCGGCAGUCGCAAGACAUUAGCGAGUCCAAGGGGCAUUGCGUCUCCAAGUCCCCCGUCAAAUACGCCCGGUUUUUCAUAAGCAAGAAUGUCUUGUUCGUUUUCGUACAAGUUUUUUAAUCCGUAGUUUUCUUCAUUCUGUAGCCACUCGGAAACCAUGAGUUUUCGUAAUUUCGUCACCGCCUCCGAGGGAACAGUCGUGACAAACAAACCAAUACAGUUCAGAUGGUUAGAUAAUGUAGUUACACUGUCAGAUUCCAAUAAACGUUGCACUUCAAGAAAAAUUGCUGCUAGAAGACAGUCUCCAUCACCUUCCACUGGACACCUUUUGAAACCAUACGACUUUAAAACAGUCUUCAAUCUACUUUCAUGUUCAUCUCCAUGGUUCUCAUCGUUGUUUGGAGUUGUAAAUGGAAAACCUUUCAACACAUCAUCCAUAAAAGAAAGAUCACGAAAUUCAAACGAAUUGGACUUUGUCAAACUUGAAAUAUCUUCUGCCAGAUUAAACAUGCAAACGCUUCUGUACAAAAUAUCUACUAAAUUGUUGUCAAGGGUAAUAUCGUGCUCUUUAGUCUGAUCAUCCUCUUCUUCGUUUUGACUGGCACGAUGCUCUUUUUUAUCGUAAAGAAAAUUCAAAAGAUCUUCUGAGUUACUGGUUAGAGGUUGACACGUAUUUUGCUCGUUCUCCUCGCUAAUGACCCUUCUUUGAUUGAUCCCAAUGCCAAACACUUCUCGAGUGUCCUCUUCAGAAAGGUAUUUUCUGGUUAACUUUCUCUCUAAGGGAGAAAUGGUAGGGGGUAUGGAUCCCUUUUUGGCUGGGGUGGUUGACUUCCGCUGAUUCCAGGAGUAAAAGAACUGAGUUAAAAUAGCCAAGGCAAGGAUCACUCCAAUUCUAUUUUUCUUCAAGUCCUUGUUUAGGGAUCUAGGUAUAUGAAAUCAUCAUGGUCAAAAUGAAAUAUUCCAGCGAGUUACGGUAACAUUAUGCUUUUUAUACUCUUUUUAAGAAACUACUAAACACUUACCAAAAGAUGCUCCCAAGUUGGCGUGAGGGUUUCCUCGCGAUGACAAGUACUUUAAACAUGAUUUGUUUGCCCUUCGCUUUAACAAUGUUUAAAAAUUUUGGUUUUUCUUGCAACAAUUAUAGUUAUUGCGAGAAAUUUGCAGUCAAUCGCAAAGUGGCAUUUUUGAUUUAGUACCGAUAGAGCGUUGCGAUUUUUUCAGGUUCUUUUUCAGCCGCCUUGGUUGUUCAUUUAACAGUCAGAAUCACAUCUUUUUUUACAUCUAUCCAUUAUCAGUUAAUAUUGCCCUGUCUACUGCAUUCUGAAGAGUUUUCUGUAUGUGGACAUGAACAGAUGGCUUUCCAACAAACUUUCAAGCAGUUUCACCAAUUUUAUUUGCACUUAGCUGAUAGACACAGUCAAAAUCUAAAGGAAAGCAACAACCUGAAAGCAUUGGGUGCUAGUUAAUCAUACUUUGCGCCAGUUCCUCCCUGUUGGCGCCUGCCUUAUUAUUACAAGCCGUAUCGUUCUAUAGGCCCUUUCCACGAUGCUGUCAACAAUGAUGACUUAAGAAGUAAAAUCUUGCUACACCCUGGGCCAUUUGUAAAGCCAAGAAAUGUUAUCCGUAGGCUUACUCGCAGUGCGCGGACAGAGGCCAUUGUGAACGAAAUGCGUGCCCUCCAAGAACUUGGUUACGGUACAUUACAUUGCAGAGGAGCUGUCCACAAGGCCUUCUUGAAGGUUGUUCCGGGCAAAUUGCCAGCGGGCGAUUUACUAGUAGACCGAGAAGCUCAUAUUGCACAGUUUAGAAAAGAAGAUAACAUGCUUCAGAGAACUGAAGCUGCUAUCUUUAGGGAAGCACUGCAUACCCAGAUCUGUAAAUAACAAUAGUUUUACACAAGAACUAUCCGCGUACGGUUAAGAAGCCUAAGCAAAACUUGCAAUAAACCUGAUUAUCUACUGGCCAGCAGAGAUUAGCCAGUCACAAUUCUUCAAUGUGAGUAACGUUGGAAUAACGCGCGUGUUUAUACAGAUAUUAGAGUUCUUCACAGUAUUGCAGUCAAAUUUCACUAUUAUAGACAAAUCAUGGACAAGUACUGUUAACACAUCUUUAAGACAUCGUUCAGUACUCCGAAUUCUUAAAGUGUGGGUAUGCAUAGGGCUUCAUUCUCAGAGUACUAUUUCACAGAAGACCUUGGAAGCGCAAACGGUUAUGGCUAUUUUACAACAACAAUACGUUUCAUUUUUAAUGUAUUAGAAGAAAAAAGAAAGGCUUGAAACACGUUGUCGUUAUAUACUUUACCGGUAUGUUAGCCUGCGUAGCAUGGCGGUUUUGGUUGGGAGGGCAAAGUAAUAAAGGAGGGCUAGGGCAGAGAAACCUGAAGGAAAUUGGGGCGGCUUCAACUAUCGUUCACGAGCGCUCCGCGCGCGGAUUUCUCCUUUUCCUGGCUUCGCCGCUCGUGCGCGUCGCUCAACAAAACCGCCAUGCUACGCAGGCUACCGUUAUAUUAAUACUGGUAUUUGAUUUGACACCCGGUAUGUGAUAUACUUGCCGUUGUACGCUGUACUUGACUGGUUAAAAUUGAAAUUUAGGCAUGCACAUUCAUUUAGAAUGAAACGCAAAAUCAGAUUAUUUGAUCUACAAUAAGACUAUAAAGCUACAAAGGUGAUCAGAGAUUUACACUUCAAAUGAAUUAUAUAUUGUUGAGUUUUGUCGAUUGUGCCACUAGGCCUUAUCAUGGUGGUUUCACAUUGCUUUUGGUUCCAAAAUUCAUGUGAAAGGCAUGGACAUGAUACUGUAUACAGAUGAGAUUAUUAAACUCGUAUCGUGCCAGCAACAUUAUGCGUGUACUUCCGUUUUUCUUUUACUGGCCCUUUGCCUUUGGUCGUUUUCUUUCCAUAUGAAAGUAUGCAUAUUUUCACUCCCGUCCCCACUUUAAAAACUUUCACUUUAACCUAUAAAUAAGUUGCUAAGUAACAACGUCAUCAAAUAUAUAUCUUUCCAUCGAUGCCUCGUUCUCAGGAUAUUCUGAGCAAUCCUAACAGAGUUACACUUACUAGGAAAAUUAAGAAAAGUAACAUUUUGGGAGAAAAUCCACCGUCCGUUUAGCUGUUUACCUGCACUAAUCUUUGAAGAUUAAAAUUGCCCUUUUACUAAAAAUUAGGCAGCCUCAAUUCAAUGCAAAAGAAAGAAGAUAAAGUGGGCAAUGAAACAGUUUAUAAAGAAGGAAGGCAAAGAAAAAAAAUACAGAGAGCGAGACUGAGAAAGAUCGAAAUAGAUCCUAAAAAAAAGUUCCAAUUUUGGUUUGAGCGCCGGGGCUUCUGCGAACAAAAAUGUUUAUAAUAAUUUUUCUGUUCAAUUACAUCCUUUUUCUCGGAAAUAUGCCCUCUCUGUUGCAAACCUCAUUGUUGGCCAUUCUUAUGAUAGUCAAAAAUCAGUUCAAGAAGGGAAAUGGUGAAAACAUCUUUUUUUCGUUUCUCGCUGGCCGUCACCAAAGCGUUAACUGAUACACAUGGGCUUAAUUGUCAAGACUUGACAUGCGGCCACAUCACAUCUCUUCUUCAUUUCAGGAACUAAAAGUUGUUCGUUGUCGGUUUGUCGGUUCAUGUCAGUUGAACCCUUGGCUUAAUUAAGUCAAAAAUUGUCAGUGAAUUUGUCGGUACUGACAAACCGACAAAAUUUGUCAGUUGUCGGUUUGUCGGUUCAUGUCAGUUGAACUCUUGCUUAAUUAAGUCAAAAUUUGUCAGUGAAUUUGUCGGUACUGACAAACCGACAAAAUUUGUCAGUUGUCGGUUUGUCGGUUCAUGUCAGUUGAACCCUUGCUUAAUUAAGUCAAAAGUUGUCAGUGAAUUUGUCGGUACUGACAAACCGACAGAAAUUUUGCAUUCGUUUGCCGAAAAGAGGAUUUGUAAAGGUUGAAUAAAAACUUGAACCUUAUGAUAGCGAGAAACACAAAACGGUCUAAAGGUGACGUCAUUUGGUGAUCCGCAACACCAAGAAACCACCGCAAAUAUUCUCCAAAUAGCACAUGUCGCCCUUCGAGUUGUCUUCGUGCUGUUCUUGCCAUGUUUUUCGCUAUAAUUUCGCCUAGUUCUUACUCUUGAAAUGAGUGAAAUAUCCGCCAUUUUUGUUUCCACAAUCAAAACAACUCAACCUCGUCCCCAGGUCUUUUCAGUUAAUAGUACCUUAACCUGGACGAACGCUGCAUUUUUGACGUCAUUUCCUGGUUAAACACAAAAUGUUUCCAAAUUUGGUCAUCAGUAACUGGUUAUGGUGAAUUAUGUGUGUGCUUUUAGCCAAUCAGAAUUGGGGAAAUAUUUUGAAUGAAUAAUAAUUAGCAAUUAAUGAAUGAGGCUGAGUAGGAUAUGAAGAAUUGAGCAGAUCAAGGAGGGUGUUAUCCACCGAGGCUGAAGGUAGAGGUGGAUAACACCCUCCAAGAUCCGCUUAAUUCUUCAUAUCCUACGAAAGCAGAAUUUAUUAAUUGCUUUAUUGUUCAUUCAAAAUAAUUCCUAGUUUAAAAACACAGCUAAGACAUACUUACCUACAUCGAUGUUAAGUUUAUCUUCGAUAGUGUACGUUUAGGUUUGUCCAGCUCCGCAAAUAUUCUCCAAAUAGCAGAUGUCGCCCUCCGAGUUGUCUUCUUGCUGUUUUUGCUAUGUUUUUAGCCAUUAUUUCGUCUAGUUCCAGCUGUAGCUCUCACUCUUGAAACGAGUGAAAUGUCCGCCAUUUUAGUUUUCACAACGAAAACAACUCAACCUCGUACCCAGGUCUUCUCGGUUAACGGUGCCUUAACCUGUAGAGGACUGCAUUUUUGACUUCAUUUCCUCGUUAAACACAAAAUUCUUCCAAAUGUGGUCAUCAGUAACUGGUUAUGAUGAAUUAUGCAUGUGCUUUUAGCCAAUGAGAAUUGGGGAAAUAUUUUGAAUGAAUAAUAGUUAUACUUAACUUUUGGGAAGAUGCAUAUGACUUUUGAGGGAGGGGCUCAGUGAUUUUAGAAUAAAAGAAAAUAUCUUCAAACAGCGUACGAAAAAAAAUACAGACAGCAUGUACUGUGUCAAUUUAAUAUCCCCUUUCUUUUGUAAGGUUGAUUUGCCAGCCUUGAAAUAUAAUUUUAUGCUACAAAGGCUUGUUUAACAAAUAAAUAAAUGAAUACUCAAUAAUGAUUCGGAGGAAGCACAUCCACAAAGUGGCUCUUUGUCUACCUGAUUCCUGGUUGAAUUGUAAUUUGGAAAUGUUGGUGUGGCAGUGGUUACCGGUAAUUUACAUGUCACAAUUUAUAGGUUUUAUCUCUCUGUCUAAAGGAGGCCAAAAUGAAAAAUCAGGCUGUUUUUUUUUUUGGGCCUGCCACAGGUUUACUUUUCAAAAUCAUCAAUGAAUUAGCUAUAGCCUGCCAGAAGAGCCUUUCUUUCCCUCACUUGAUUUUGGCAUACUCAAGGAAGACACUGCAUGAAUCCAGUGAGAUCUUUGCUGAACAUGUGGGGCAAUGUUGCUAGGAUAUAGUCUCAAACCGAGGCCUAAAAGCUAAUAACACUUACCGGUAUUCAAUUAUUUGUUCAUUUUCUUUUAUUGUUUUAGAGCCACACUGUUAUAAUGUAACUUAAACUGUGGAAAUUGUAUACAGAGAGGCUAAACAAACACUAUUGCUCAAGUUUAUUUGGGGCAAUGUUGCUAGGAUAUAGUCUCAAACCGAGGCCUAAAAGGUAAUAACACUUAUUCAAUUAUUUGCUCAUUUUCUUUUAUUGUUUUAGAGCCACACUGUUAUAAUGUAACUAAAACUGUGGAAAUUGUAUACAGAGAAGCUAAAAAAACAGUAUCACUCAAGUUUAUUUGGGAUGCAAGUCUUAUUGGUGGUACAGUUGGAGUGAUUUUUGGAACGGUCACAGAUAGAGGUGGCAAAUGUAUAGCAGAGAGGGCAAUGACAAUUACGCUGCCAACCAAUGCAAAGCAUUGUCCACGAUUCACUGGAUACGAAUCUUGGUGUGAAAAUGAGACAAGGUUCAGUGUCAAAAAGAAUGCCAAUGGCUCCCUGGAAUUGAUUGUCAAAUUUUCAGUUCAGUCCAUGUUGAGAUACCUGGGGAAUGUGACAGUGAAUAACACUGUCUUGUUCUCAUCGAGGCUCCAAUACAGUUAUCUUAGUACAAAUGAAAGUGCUUCAGACCUCACUACCCAAGUCCAUGUAUUAGGUGGGUAUGCUAAAAUUUAUACAUGA